AUGACCAGCCAAGUUACCAGAUACCUCUACAGUUCCUUCAGCUUCUACUUCAGUGAUCAUGGGCAUCCACUCAGGAAAGAAGAAGAGCAUCUCCAACAGGAUCUGACCAAGUAUUGCGAUUGGUGCACGGACUAUUUCCGAAUCAAGAGCCUGGGUGGGACAAGAUACAAAGAACAUUGGUCUCAAUGCUGGCAAAUGGAUUUCGCCAAGGAGAAACACAUUGACAAAGUACCGCCUAGCGACCUCCUCGAAAUGAAAGAAUGGCUCGAUCAGAUCGGGCCUCAAAAUCGCUCUUAUGUCAAGAAAUUGAGCCUGCUGAUUGCAUUCAGGGACACCACAAGAUUUCCGCCGCCCCAGAGAGUCAGAGCCAGCCGUCAAGACUGGGUUAAGCCGGUGCGCUGCAACGGAACGUACUUGCUGCAGAAUCUCAGAUACUUGUCCGAUCACGUUUCGAAUCUAACGGAGAUCAAAAUCCUGAUUGAUCACGAAGAGGUUCAAGGGUACUCCCGAUUCAAGAAUCAGGAACGCGAUAGGUAUGACACAGUCGACAAUCUCUAUAAUAUCACGAGGCCAGGGUCUCGUCUUCGAACGGCGUUGUGCAAAAUCAAGAGCCUUCGGAAGCUUGGAUUCCAGGAGAUGCCACCAGAAUACUUUGACAGCCUGGAUCCGUACGUGUGGAAUGCAUGGAUGUCAGUCUCUGACGUAAGAAAAGACAUUGCCGACGUCGAGAGCAUCAUAUCUGGCAGAUUGACAUAA